CUCCAACUUGCAAACCUCUGCGUGUUAUGGUGUAGUAAUAAUUGGGAUGUGCCGGUGAGCCCAACAUAAACUGAUAUUUUUAAUCAAAAAACCUUUUCAAAACAACAGAUUGAAGAAUAAAUAAACUAAGAAAGGUAUUUUAGGUGACUGUGGGGAUAAGAGAUGAGGUUGUGAGAGAUCUUUGAGGGAAAUCCAGGCACAGGUGAAGGAAAACGUGGCAUGAAAAUUGGACUAUCUGAGGAAGCAGAGAAGAAUCUGAAGGAGAAGAAAGCCACCAGAAGGAGCAUGGCAGUGAUGAAGGAGAUUCUCCGAUCCAGAAAUCUCUUGCUCGUUGUUCUCAUUCCACUUCUGCUGCUUCCUCUGCCACUGAUAUACCCCAGCAGUGAAGCCUCGUGUGCCUACGUGCUCGUGGUGACAGCGGUGUACUGGGUCUCUGAAGCAGUGCCUCUUGGGGCAGCAGCCUUGGUUCCUGCUUUUCUCUACCCCCUCUUUGGGGUCAUGAAGUCCAGCGAGGUGGCUGCUGAAUAUUUCAAGAACACAACUUUGCUCCUCAUGGGUGUGAUUUGUGUGGCAGCUUCCGUGGAGAAGUGGAACCUCCACAAGCGAAUUGCCCUGCGCAUGGUGAUGAUGGCUGGAGCCAAGCCAGGCAUGUUGCUCCUUUGCUUUAUGUGCUGCACCACGGUGCUCUCCAUGUGGCUUUCCAACACCUCCACCACAGCCAUGGUGAUGCCAAUCGUGGAGGCAGUGCUCCAGGAGCUGGUGAAUGCUGAGGAGGAGUGCGAGGUCAUCGCAGCUGCAGGCAGCACCACUGCUGAAGAAAGGAAGCCAAUAGGUCUCGGUGAGAAGCACGGCCAGCCCUCACUGGAGCUUAUCUUCAUCAAUGAGGAUGCUACUACUACUGACUUCAGCUCCUUGGUGCACUCACAGAGUGUGAAUGGUGUGCACAUGAUAGCCAACUCUAUCGGAACAAUGAAUUCUACGAGCAAUGGGCAGCACCUGCCUCAGGCUCAGAUCCUGGUCCUGCCCCCGGAGCCCUCGGAUCUCGGCCUGAGCAGCAGGUACAGGUACCAGAGCAGGCACGACCACAUGGUCUGCAAGUGCCUCUCACUGAGCAUCUCCUACGCGGCCACCAUCGGGGGGCUGACCACCAUCAUAGGCACCUCCACCAGCCUCAUCUUCCUCGAGCACUUCAACAACCAGUACCCAAAAGCUGAAGUGGUGAAUUUUGGAACCUGGUUUCUGUUCAGUUUCCCCAUCUCCCUCAUCAUGUUGGUGCUGACUUGGUUCUGGCUGCACUGGCUUUUCUUGGGCUGCAAUUUUAAAGAGACUUGUUCUGUGAGCAAGAAGAAGAAAACCAAACGGGAAGAAAUGUCAGAGAGAAGAAUUCAAGAGGAAUACAAGAAACUGGGAAACGUUAGCUAUCCUGAGAUGGUGACUGGAUUCUUCUUCAUCCUGAUGACCUUGCUCUGGUUCACUCGUGAGCCUGGCUUUGUACCAGGAUGGUCAUCUUUUUUUGAGAAGAAAGGUUACCGGACUGAUGCCACUGUCUCUGUAUUUCUUGGGUUUCUCCUUUUCCUGAUUCCAGCAAAAAAGCCAUGUUUUGGUAAAAGGACAAAAGGUGAGGAGAAUUCAACAGACAUUAACACACUGGAGCCCAUCAUUACCUGGAAGGACUUUCAGAAGACCAUGCCCUGGGAAAUUGUCGUGUUGGUUGGAGGAGGUUAUGCCUUAGCAGCUGGAUGCAAGACCUCCGGCCUCUCUACAUGGAUUGGACGUCAAAUGCUGUCCCUCAGCAGCCUUCCCUACUGGGCUGUGACUCUGCUGGCUUGCAUUUUGGUGUCCAUUGUAACAGAAUUCGUUAGCAAUCCAGCAACCAUAACCAUCUUUCUGCCUAUUUUAUGCAGCAUGUCAGAGACCCUGCUUAUCAACCCUUUGUACACCCUGAUUCCUGUCACCAUGUGCAUCUCCCUUGCGGUGAUGCUGCCCGUGGGUAACCCUCCUAACGCCAUCGUCUUCAGCUAUGGGCACUGCCAGAUCAAAGACAUGGUGAAAGCUGGCCUGGGUGUAAAUCUGAUUGGCCUGGCUGUCGUCAUGGUGGCCAUCAACACGUGGGGAAUCAGGCUCUUCCAGCUGAACACCUUUCCAGAAUGGGCAGCAGUCAGCAACAUCACAAGCCAAACGUAAUCUUCAAUGAAAAAAAGAGCAAAAGUGCAAGACCAAAGCAAGUUGGGACAAAAUACUGCACCUACAUUUCACAUCUGAAAGAAAGAAGGAAACUCGUUCAUACACAGAACCUGGAUCCAUUGUAAAACCAUGAAGAAAAUUCACUGGGAGGUGUUCUGCAACAGCUUUUCUGUUCUGAAAAUCAGCAUGAGUUAAAAGGAGAGAUUAGCUUUGCUCUAUUGUUGCUUUCUCUGGGAUACCUUAACUCAGAAAAAAUGCACUCCUCCAAAUUAUCUGCCUAUAGCUUUUUCAUGCCUUAGAGCAAUUAUACAGGACUUCUAUGCAGGACUCCAGUGGCAGAAGAUAAGUACACUUACACUGGUGUACUCAGCAGUAGCAGAUUCAGUCCUACUAUUGACUUCUACACUGAAUGUAGGGUGAGCCUUAUCCCCAAAUCCAGAGGAGUUUUAUAAACCUACUUCUUUUGAA